ACAUGGCUGCUUGAUGCAGUUAAACUGAGUGCAGAGAAACUCAGUAUUACACGCGUACAACCCAUUCCACUGCUCAAGUAACAAGGCAAAUAACAACUAAGUUAUCAAUUCAAAAGGCUCCUUGAAUUUUCCACCUCGUAAGAGGCAAAAUGGAUCUAGAGGAGCCUUUAGAAAAGGUUGAUGCAUUUACACGAGGGCCAAAAGAGUGCAAGACAGUUAGCGGGGUCAGGAAACCAGGAGAGGCUGAAAAUGAGGAAGAUUCACCAGGAGACGAUGAAAUGACAAAUUGCAAAGAAGAGAUAAAGAAGACACGUGUUAUAUACACUAGGGAUGUUUUGAACGAAUUGAGGKACAGUCCCGCUUCGAAACUAUGGCCAGCAUUUGCUGAGGAAGAUUGUGUCAGAAAUGGUAUUUGGGACCCAGAAGUAUGGCACCAUACACCAGCUAGUGCAAAGAGAUGUGCCUCACCAGUAGAGGACUUCAAGCGUCAGAUACAGAUUGAAGAUGGUAUUGUGCUGAGCCCACAGCGUCAGAGUUUUGGUCAAGGAUGCCAUGUUCAUCAGAGUGCACCAGAACGAGGAUUACAACAAGAAAGAACAAAAAGCAUGAUAAGUAGGACAAUUGAGAGAGAUACUAGAGAAGGCAGAAACAGAUUGACUGGCCGAGUGGGACGAGGAUCGAGAUCCCUGGAUUAUAGAUCAAACAUGCGCGAUAGAAACAGGAAUGGAGAUAGACAGGCGAGUCCUUGGGAAAGAAAUGACAAAGAACAGAAGAGAGGCAGGGAUGAUGACAGUUACAACUAUAAGCGAGGACGAAGACGCCAUGAUGAAGAUGAGGAUCCAGAAUGGAUGACCUUUGGGCCAACAAGUAUCUCAGAAACCAUAGAGCUGAGAGGGUUUAACAAGGAGAGCAUUUCAAGGCAAAGAGGAAAGACAGGCUCUUUAACCAGUAGUGAUGGGAUACCUUCACCCAUUACCAUAAAGGAUAAAAACCAGAAGAACCAACAAGACCAAGAAGAGCAAAUAACUCCAAGUGCUGACAACAAAGACAAACAAGAUGAUGAUGACGAUGAUGAUGCUGAUUUUGACAUCAAUCAGUUCUUUACAUCUGAUUCCUUUUUACAGCUUGGUGAUGAGCCGGAACAAAGUGCCAGCAAUGAAAGCAGAUUCCGUCAGUUUUUUGGUAUUGGAGGAAAGCAAGGAAGUCAAAAUGGCAGCAGAAGAUCGUCAGGUGCAGAAGAACUCCUUGAAUAUUCAGGUGUGUCAAGUCCUAGUACGCCUCACACCCCAUCUCCCAGCCAGAAGUUCAUGUUUACACCUAUUAAACCAAUUGAAGCCAACACUAAACCUGAAAGUCUGUCAGAAAUGCUUGAGAAGACAAAACUGGAUGUGAAACCAAUGUUAGACACAGUCUUGUCAUCAGCUAAAAGAGAUGAGAUGAGAAUCAAAGGUCUGAAGAGACUAGAAGAGAUUGAACCAGAUUCAAAUAGAGAGCAGUCURUGACAGCAACCACUGAAAAGGCAAGCGAUGAAAAUAAAGUAGGAGAUAUGACAGCCUUUAUCAGUCUGAUUGAAAAAAUGAAGACUUCUGGAAGCCUUCCUGAGAAACCUCAACCAGUGAUACCAGGUCUACCAAGUCAUCUCCUACCCAGACCCCCAUCACCAAAGACAAAGACACCCCGCCGUAGCCCAUCUCCACUGAAAGAUCUUGACAGAUCCACAUCACCUGUGGAAUUCUUACACCAUAUUAUACAGAAACAACAAAGUCCUUCACCACCACAGGUUGUACCUCAGAUGAACAGAUCUUACUCUCCUCUGGAAACACCGCUUUACAAGUCUGUAGAAAAACUACGAAGAUCUCCAUCGCCAAUACAAUCAAUGUACCAACAGAAACCAUUCUCGCCACUCUUGACGCCAGAUGCAUUUAUGAGCCCAUCUYCUGGCCACCCUCCUUACAUUCACAACAGAACGAACCACAUGAUGUACCAAGUUCCAGAUAAACCCAGAUUUGAGUUGCCCAAUGAGACACCCAAGCCUGUUUACCAAAACCAGAAACAAACUCCAAGAUCUGCACCUAUUACUAAACCUAAAGUGACACCUAAGACGCAGUCAGCUGCAUUGAAAGAUCUUGGUUUCAUGCCUACUUCUGUGCUACAGAAAAUCAAAAAAGAUCAGAUGACGCCGAAGUCUAAAGCUGAUGGAGAAAAUGGACCAAAAGAAUCUUCAAAUAUCAGUUUCGAGAGCAUGAAGAUGAACGGUCCAGUUAUUGAACAAAUAGGGAGGCACACUGUUCCAGCAGGCUUCACUUCACCUGACUCAAAACGRGGAAUGGCGCUUUCAAAAGAUGAUCAAUUGUUGCUAAAACCAACAGCAUUCAAGCCUUACCAGGGGACAUCACCACAUUCAGUGUCGCCUCACAGAUCAGGCAUCCAUUCUGAGCCUCAGUCCCCUCAAGUUCGCCCAGCAGAAGGCAGAAAAGAUCCACUUCCAAGCUCAGCACCUGUAACUCCACAACGACACCCUCAAACAGACCGUCARUUGUUGGUUAAUCUAGAGGCACGAGUAAGAGAAGCGGCCAAUGAAAAACCGAUUAAACUUAUCAAGACUUCUGAGGGURYACUGCCUGGAAGGCCGCCAAACAURGUUGACAAACYUCCAAGUAGCUACAAUAAAAACWCACAUUUUGGCAAUGAAAUGAUGAUGAGUCAUAGCAAACGAGACUUUGAGCAAACAAUGCCAUUGUCACACAGUAUACACCAUCAACAACAGCAACAGCAACAACAACAACAACAGAUGCGAAGAGAAAACGUACAAUAUUUAGCCAACAUGGGCAGACCAAGACAAACACCAUUAGCCAUGAUGGGGGGACAUUCUCAAUCAAUCCUUGGAACGCCGGGAAUGCCUCGUACCCCCUUCCCUGUACCCAACAUGCAUCAUGGCAAGCCACACUUUCAUCAUCCAGGAAUGCUCUCCUCGCAAUCAUUACAACCUGGGAACUUUAGAAUGAUGCCACCCACACGAACGCCAUCUGGGUUGCCUUUGCAAUCGCCAACUUCACUUAUGCAAAUGAUGCCGCAACGUCACCCCAUGAUGUAUCGACAUGGACACACCCCUUUACAUGGACAUCCUGGAUAUCCUCAAAUGAUGACCUCUCAUGGGAAUUUCCCAAUGCAAAGACCACACCCGGGCUUUGUUCACCAGCAAGCAAAAGUUCCCAAUAUGCCAUCACCUGAUAACAGCGCCAGRCAGUCUCCCAGCAACGACAACGCUUUAUCCAAGUGGUUCAGCGAUGAUGUUUUAAGGGGCAUCCAGUCCACCACGCCCAAGAUUCCAACAGAGAUUGGCAGCAAAAAAAUCAUGUCCGUUGAAGACUUAGAAAGACAACAAGCCUUGUGCACAUCGUAAUCUUGUAGAAAGACCAUGUAAAUAGAGUUGUUCGUUCCUCGUGUCGUACUUUUCCUGUUCUUUGGUAUCGCUUUAUUGUUACAUAUGGUUGUGGACGCACUUUUCAAUGAUAAGUCAAAGUGAAAACAUUGCGCCCACGAUCAAUUGUGUUAGCAGUGACGCGAGUACCUUAUGUGUUGGAUUUCUUGUACGUUCCCCUGUACUCGAUGUAUGUUGUAUAUAAGAGACAAACGUGUCUAUUCAUUGAUUUAAAAGUUCGACGAGAAUAUGUAAAAAGAACAAAAAAUGUACAAAAAGAAUUCAUGUAUGUGUGAAAUGAAAUGUGUAAUUGUAACAGGCACUCAAUCCGUAGAAUACAAUUAAGACUAAUAACUCGUGCAGUGCUUGAAACUAGUCAAUAGUAGAGUGAAAUCAAAAAACCGUGAAAUAGAUAUGACAUUAAUACACCUUAGUACGCUCUAAAUUCAUUGUUUUCUUUUGUGUUUAUUUGACUAUCACAUUUUUUAGUCCAUUUUUGUUUCACGGGUUUGAUGACUUCACUUGAGUUCUGCUUCCAAAGGAUUUCAUUUCGUGACUGAUAUCCCAACGAUGUUGAUUUCGUGAUCGGCGGCACUUCUGAUGUUAGCGGUGCAUUUUAAAGUUCUAACUCUUUGACAUCUUUGACUGAAUAUCUUGUACAAUCGGUUUGUGCGAGUGCAGUAAACCCGUGAAACAAUGUCAGUCUAACCGUCAAAAUAAAAUAGUCAAAUGAACACAAAAGAAAUCCUUAGAUGACAGGUAUGACUACUAUGGUGCAGAAUAAACCCGUGAAAUAUAAUUAAUCUUGAACGUUUUUAAUCUUUCGUGGGGACAACUUUAUUCCACUUAAGUUAGACAUCGUUUCACGGGCUUGUUAACCUUACAUUGGCCUAGAGUAGUUUUCAUAAACCUAAAAAACAGGUGUAAUAGUCAAAGUGCAAUAAUAGAGUAAAGUCAAAAAUCCCUUGAAAUGGAUAUUACACUAAAACACCUUAGUACGCUCCAAUUGAUUUGUUUUCUUUUUGAAUUGUGUCCAUUUGACUACCACACUUAAAAUAGACAAAUUGUGGUUUAAACGACUUCAUUUUAAAGAAAGACAUCAAAAUGAGUAGAACGAUAUAAGUGUAUUUCAUGGGUUUAUGAAAAACACUCUUAAAUCUAAUAUUUAUUUCACGGUUUUGGGCAUCAGUCUAUUUGACAAGAAGAGUUAUCAACCCUACUUAUUAACAGUUAAAAGUCAUUGUCAUAAACCUGCAAAAUACUCUUCAUUUAUUAUGAACCUUUUACACUGUAACUCAAUUAUUUUGAGCGAAUCAGAGCACUGCACUGUGUAAUCGAACAGUCUUGUUCGACGAGGCCAUGAAAACCAAUUGAUAAGCCCUAUCUAUACCGUAUUCGUAUUCACAUUUGCAUGUCUGCAAGUGUCCGUAAUUCAUUGUUCCUUGUCCAAAAUGAGAAGUAAAUUUGUCAUAAUUUAUUAAAAUAUUGAAUGGUGUUAAA